AUGAACUCCAUCGCUUCCAGUGCCACUGGUCUGUCUCCCUUCUACGUCCUGUAUGGAUACCAGCCACCGGUGUCUGCCACCCAAGACCGAGCUGCCAUCGUUCCAUCAGCAUACCAAGCCGCCCAGAGGUGCCGAAGAGUCUGGACCAAAGCCCGUGCCCAACUUCUAAAGUCUUCAGCAGUCUACACGCGGGCAGCCAAUCAUCACAGGAUCCCUGCACCCAGCUACCAGGAUGAGAAGAUGUCGAACUGUAAAGUGCUUCUCUUGAGAACGUUGGAGGAACUUGAAGCAGAAGAGCUGAAAAAAUUCAAAUGGUAUCUUCAGCAGAAAGGAAUGCUGGAAAAAUUCCCAUCAAUCCCAAAGAGUCGUCUGGAAAACGUGGAUAGAGUGGACUUGGUGGAUCAGAUGGUGCAGUCCUACUGCGUACGCACCAUUCAAGUGGCUAAAAUGGUUUUAAAGCUGAUCAGCAGAAAUGAUCUGGUGGAGAACUUCAAUGUUCCAGAACCGGAAGAUAUUCUUUAUGAGUGUCAACAAAAACUGAAAUUCAAGCUGCAAAAGAAGAGUCAGUACAUUUUUGAGAAGAUCACAAAAACUGGAAACUCAAAACUUCUCAGUGACAUCUACACAGAGAUUUACAUCAUCAUAGGAGAAACUGAAGACAUAAAUGUUGACCAUGAGGUCAGACAGAUUGAGACGGUUUCCAAAAAGCUUGAACCACCAGAAACAAUCAUCAGACAAGAAGACAUCUUUAAACUCCAACCUGGAAGAGACGGACCAAUCAGAACACUGAUGACAAAGGGAGUAGCUGGCAUCGGAAAAACAGUCCUAACUCAGAAGUUCACUCUGGACUGGGCUGAAGACAGAACCAACCAGGACAUCCACUUCCUGUUUCCGUUCACUUUCAGAGAGCUGAAUGUGCUGAAAGAGACGAAGUUCAGCUUGGUGGAACUUGUUCAUCAUUUUUUUGCUGACAUCCAAGAAGCUGGAAUCUGUAGGUUUGAUGAGUUCCAGGUUCUAUUCAUCUUUGAUGGUCUGGAUGAGUGUCGACUUCCUCUGGACUUCCACAGGAACCAGAUCCUGACUGAUGUCACAGAGUCCACCUCAGUGGAUGUUCUGCUGACCAACCUGAUCAGGAAGAACCUGCUUCCCUCUGCUCGCCUCUGGAUAACCACAAGACCUGCAGCAGCCAAUCAGAUCCCUGCUGAGUGUGUUGACCUGGUGACAGAGGUCAGAGGGUUCACCGACCCACAGAAGGAGGAGUACUUCAGGAAGAGGUUCACGGAUAAGGAGAUGGCCACAAAGAUCAUCUCUCACAUCAAGAUCUCGCAGAGCCUCCACAUCAUGUGCCACAUUCCAGUCUUCUGCUGGAUCACUGCAUCGGUUCUGGAGAAUGUGUUGAAAUCCAAAGAGGGAAAAGUUCUGCCAAAAACCCUGACUGAGAUGUACAUCCACUUCCUGGUGGUUCAAACCAAACUCAAAAUUGUCAAGUAUGACAGCAAAGCUGAUUCAGGUUCACACUGGAAUCGUGAGAACAAGGAGAUGAUUGGGUCUCUAGGAAAACUGGCCUUUGAGCAGCUGCAGAAAGGAAACCUGAUCUUCUACGAAUCGGACCUGGAGGAGUGCGGCAUCGAUGUACCUGCAGCUUCGGUUUACUCAGGAGUCGUCACUGAAUUCUUUAAAGAAGAAUGUGAGUUGUAUGAUAAUAAGGUGUUCUGCUUCAUUCAUCUAAGUGUCCAGGAGUUCCUGGCUGCUCUUCAUGUCCACCUGACCUUCAUCACCUCUGGAGUCGACUUGUUGAAACAAAGUGAAAAUGAGGUACCUGAACACAAACCCGAGCUCAAACAUCUUUACCAGACUGCUGUGGAUAAGGCUUUAGAGAGUCCAAACGGACAUCUGGACUUGUUCCUCCGAUUCCUCCUGGGUCUUUCACUGGAGACCAAUCAGUGUCUCCUCAGGGGUCUGUUGACACCUAAAGGAAAAACAUCACAGAUCAACCAGGAAACAAUCCAGUACAUCAAGAAGAAGAUCGGCGAGGACUUUUCACCAGAGCGAAGCAUCAAUCUGUUCCACUGCCUGAAUGAGCUGAAAGACCGCUCUCUCGUCAAUGAGAUCCUAUGGUUUUUAAAAUCUGGAAGUCUUCUCACAGAUAAGCUGUUUCCUGCUCACUGGGCAGCUCUAGUCUACAUCUUACUGUCAUCAGAAAAAGAUCUGGACCUGUUUGACCUGAAGAAGUACUCUGCUUCAGAAGAGACCCUCCUGAGGAUGCUGCCGGUGGUCAAAGCCUCCAACAAAGCUUGUCUGAGUGACUGUAACCUGUCAAACAGAAGUUGUGAAGCUCUGUCGUCAGUCCUGAACUCCCAAUCCUCCAGUCUGAGAGAGCUGGACCUGAGCAACAAUGACUUGAAGGAUUCAGGGGUCCAGCGUCUGUCUGCUGGACUGAAAAGUCCACAGUGUCAACUGGAAACUCUCAGGCUUUCAGGUUGUCUGAUCACAGAUGGUGGAUGUGCCUCUCUGGCUUCGGCUCUGAGCUCAAAUUCCUCUCAUCUGAAGGAGCUGGACCUGAGCUACAACCAUCCAGGAGACUCAGGAGUGAAGCUGCUGUCAGAAGCACUGAUGGAUCCAGACUGCAGACUGGAGACUCUAAAUUUGGACCAUGGCGGAGUUCAGAGACUGAGACCUGGCCUAAAGAAAUAUGCCUGUGAACUCACAUUGGACCCAAACACAGCACACAGAAAUCUGAAACUCUCUGCAGACCUGAAGGAGGUGACCAAAGUGAAAGAGCAGCUGCUUUACCCGGAUCAUCCAGACAGGUUUAUUGAGCGCUGCCACCUGCUGUGUCGGGAGGUGCUGCCUGAGCGCAGCUACUGGGAAGUUGAGUGGAAAGGGAUGGUUCACGUGGCUGUGACCUACGGAGGGAUCAGGAGGAAAGGAAGCUGGGUAUACAGCAAUCUGGGACGAAAAGGUCAGUCCUGGAGUCUACUCUGCAGUGAUGAUGGUUACAUUAUCAGGCUGGAUGGGAAAGAAAGGUCUGUCUCAUCCCGUUCGUCUUCACGUUUGUCCUCCCUGUCCUCCUCGUCCUCCUCAUCCUCGGUCUCUCACAGAGUAGCAGUGUACGUGGACAGGCCUGCCGGCAUUCUCUCUUUCUAUAAAGUCUCAUCCGGCACACUAAUCCAACUCAAAACCAUCAAAACCAUUUUCAAAGAACCGAUUUAUGCCGUGUUUGGCUUUCGGAAUUUUGAUUCCUCUGUAACUUUAUGUUCUCUGUAGGCAACAAACACUUGUUGGUAAGAGACAGAGUAAAUAAUAAGAAAUGUUAUUUAAUAUUUUAUGACCUGGAGUAACACAUUAACU